AUGUACUGUUUUCAUACAGUUAACUUGAGGGAUACGUCAUACGAUAUUUUAUGUGAAGAAAUGCCGUCUGUUCUAUACUCAACAGUAUGUUAUAUUAAAAAUGAACAUCAUCAUAUGUACAUCUAUAUUGAUGGUGCACAAUCCGAUUCGACAGAAGUUCAAGCGACAAGCGAAUUUGCAUCGCCUGAUAUUGACAUUGACAACAUCGACUCGUCGCUAACAAAAAUCAAAUUUGAAUCAGUAAGUAAAAGAAAGAAUACGAAUAUUCCAAAAGUAAUUCACCUUAACAAUUUACUGCACGUUCAACAUAUAAAAUCAAUAAGGAAAAGAAAACGUAAUGUUUAUAUUAGCACUGAUGUUCUCAACACUUUCGAACCAAUAUCAGUAACGGAACUUUCAACAGAAGGAAAUCGUGCAACAUUGAAUAAAUCAACUUCUGAAGUUGCUGUACCACGAACUCCAGUAUUGCCUCGAUCAUACAGUCUAAGUCGUCUGUUUCUUGGUCAAAAAAGUACAGAGACCGAAGGUCAUGCAGAGUAUAAAUUUACGGUGAAACUAAGUUAUAUCGAUGUAUCAAAUUCGAUUCGAUGGGGCAUCAAAAGAUUAGAAUUCGAUGUAGAAUCAGAAGAUGUGGCUAAUGAAUUAUGCGUUAAUUUGAAUCUAUGUUUAUCGACAUUGAAACAGCGGCCACGCCAUUUACUAGCAUUUGUUAAUCCUUUUGGCGGAAAAGGACGAGCACCUGUUGUAUAUGAGAAAAAAAUCUUACCGAUAUUCAGAGAAGCGAAUGUCACUGUGGAUACAAUUCAUACACAACGAGCGAAUCAUGCACGAGACCAUAUAUUAAACGAAGAUUUAAGUGCUUAUGAUGGUCUCAUUUGUGUGGGUGGUGAUGGAAUGUUUGCUGAAUUGUGCCAUGGUCUGCUAUUGAAAACAUCUCUUGAAGCUAAUCUAAAUAUUGACGAUCGAGAAGUUAAUAUAAAACGACCCAAUUUACGAAUUGGUGUUAUACCAGCUGGUUCAACGGAUGCUGUUGUGUAUGGUACAACUGGUUUGAAUGAUCCUGUGACUAGUGCACUACAGAUUAUCGUGGGCGAAUCUUUACUAAUUGAUAUCGCAACGGUUCAUAACGAAAAAGGAUUUGUACGUUUUCUGGCAACAAUGUUAGCCUACGGAUUUUUCGGUGAUAUUAUUAAUCAGUCAGAUAAAUGGCGUUAUUUAGGCCCACUAAGAUAUGACUUAUCUGGAUUCUGUCAGUUUGUUCUUAAUAGAUCUUAUCAUACAGAGUUAACAAUUACAUUGUCUCCUCAUGACUCAUCACAGAUGAGCCGAGAAGGAACGAUGUCGUCAUCAUCAUCAACGAAUAAUACUAAACAUGAGGAUCAUGGAACACAACCAACUGAAUUAGUCAAUGCAAGUAAAUCAACGGAAAAUAAAAACAAUCAAGUUAUUCAGAACUUAAUUGCACCAGCAUUGGCAUUCUGUAGCAGAAAUUGCGAGAUAUGCGCUCUAGCAAAUGAACAUGACAGUGGUAAAGUUCGAUCAUCUUUACAAAUUAAACGUCAAGGAAGAUACACAACAAUCAAUUGUCUUAAUAUGCCUGGGCGAUGUGCUAAAAGCAAAUUUGGAAUGUCUCCUUUUGUACAUUUAGGUGAUGGAACAUUUGACUUGAUUCUCGUGAAACGCUCUUGGCAAACAGGUUUUCUUCGUUUUCUCUGGCAAGUCGCAAAUGAUGGUCGAUCCAUCGAAGAUUUACCUAAUGUUGAACGCUAUCGUGUUAGUGAAGUUCUCAUUCAUCCAUUGCAUACGGACCAAAUACGCCGUGGCAAUUGGGCGUGUGAUGGGGAGCUUAUAUCUGGUACUGAAAUUAAGAUUCGUAUUCAUCGUCAAGCGCUGAAUCUCUUCGCUUCAGGCAUACAAUUCGAUAAUGUCGGGCAAAAUAAUCCUAUUCGCAAAUCUUCGACAAAUAUCUUUUAA